AUGCUGAAUGCUUGUGGUAAAACUUAUCUCGACCACCUGCGUGCGGCAGUCAAUUAUGUGCCGCUACGUUUUUGAGUUGCAGCUCAUGCUAUAAAAGAUUUUUUCGAAAACUUUCUCGGUAUUUUGUGACUGAAGACCUGUGAAAUGAUUUCAAAGAAAAUUUGUUAGUUUCCGGUUCUCAUUACGCGAAUAGCGAAUCUUUCAUUUUGUCGCAGUAACUAUUCCCCACCCUGUAGGAGCAUAAUAAGUUGAUAUUAAAAUCAAGUUGAUAACGGCACAAACUUAUGGGCUCUUGCAAGAAUAUUCUUGACGCCUACAUUUUCUGCAAAAACAUGGAAAUUUUAUAGGAUUCGGUUGGAAAUGUCCGAUUCGGAUUGACAGGUCACUUCCUAAACAGAGGUAACUACAGAGUACCUCUCUGAAAUAAUUUGUCAGUGUCCAAAAGACUCACGACUUUUCCGCUCAAGAUUGAUCAACAAAAGUCUCGAAUAAAAAAUUUUUUCUACCCUUUCCUAGAAAAUUUCUUCUCAUUUGUGUCGGAUGAGGUCUCGAAAAAGAGAAUUUUUCUCUCUCUCCUAGAGAAUUUCUUCUCAUUUGUGAAGAAGCGGAGAAAAGAACUCUGAGUAUGAGUACAGAUCUUGGAUAAUUUCCAGAAGUAGAGAUGAACUGAUAAAAUCAGACGUGAGAAUUGAGGCGUAUGGAAGUCGAAACGAAGAAGUCACUCCGUCAUGAGAGUUUCUCUCGUCUUGCUGUUGGCUUUCGCCCUCGUCGUGAGUUUUUCUUUUGCAACGAAAAAGGUUUCUGCGUGUUCUCGAGGAAGUUUUUUUCAGGUUCCAUCGGAGGAAUUUUACAUUUUCGAGGAAUUCAUUUUCAAUCCUCUGAGGAGAGUCGGCCAAGUAAGAGACAAAUCGAGAAAUUUCCUGUUUAAACCAAAAUUUUCCGGCGAUUGGUAUUUUCAAAAAACCUUCUCCUCCACCUGAACCUGAGCCUGGGUCUGGGUCAGAGAUGGCUCGCGGACAAGGACCUUACAAGGGUCCCGCACAAGGAGCCAACACGCCGGCUCCUCGUGACAAAGGCAGCUUCCAUGUAAGUCGACGAGGAUAAUUCGGAAAUUUUGCUUUUUCUGAGAAUUAUAUCUAGACACCACAAGCCACUUCUCGAAAAAAGCAAUGCCUAGUCGAUUCCAAUAUCAUCUGAUAGAACAGACUUCAAAAACUGAUAUUUUUCCAGUCGGAACUGCAAACCGCCUUCGUUCUCGCCUCCGCCAACUUCCUCCGCGUCGCUCUUUUCUAA